AUGGAAUUAUAUAAUGAAGAUCCUGAUGAUAUAUCGACAGUAAGCAGGGAUGAUCUUACAAUAAACCACAACGACGAUCAAAAUGAAUUGGAACCAGAAGAAAAUACAGAACCUGAUAUGAAUAAUGGCAAUGAUCGAUUGACGCAUGAAGAAUCGAUUGAUGCAUCUUCUAUUAGAAAUAAAGAUAAUGCUAAUGUUAACAAUAAUAUCAGUGUUUCAAAGGAGGAAAGGCUCUAA